AUGUCCGAGCGCAAAGAAAUCAAGUCCACAUUGGUGUCGAGAGGUCCACUGGACCCAAAGGAGGCGAGAUGGGCUAGACUCGUCAAGACUACGUACCGGGAUCCCCUGGGCGUGGAACGCACCUGGGAGUCUGCGGAGCGACAAACUCGACCCGCAAACUGCGAGCUCGACGGUGUCGGAAUCGUGACCAUUCUGAACAAGGCCUCGGGCCCUGAGCUGCUCCUUCAGAAACAGUACCGACCGCCCAUUGACAAGGUGGUCAUUGAGGUCCCGGCCGGUCUGAUCGAUGCGGGCGAGACGGUCGAGGAAUGCGCCGUCCGUGAACUUAGAGAGGAGACGGGCUACGUGGGGGUGGCGGAGGAGACGAGUAGUGUGAUGUAUAACGAUCCUGGAUUCUGCAACACGAAUCUGAACAUGGUCCACGUGCGGGUGGACAUGUCUCUGCCCGAGAACCAGAACCCCAAGCCGCAGCUCGAAGAUAACGAAUUCAUCGAGUGUUUCAGCGCUCCGUUAUCGACCUUGUUCGAGGAGCUGAAGAAGCUAGAGGCGGAGGGUUACGCCAUUGAUGCACGAGUGGGGACGAUCGCCGAGGGAAUUGAGCUCGCGAAGAAGUGGAAGUUGUAA